GUACAGAAUUCGAAACAUCGAUGGGUCCGCUGAGAGAGAAACUCAAAACCACGCAACGUGAACUCUCUGUGUUACGUGCAGAAUUCAGGAAACAGACAGUGGAGCUGCACGAGGUCAAAGAGCAGGGGAAGACCGCGCUCUCUGGCCUGGAGACUCGGCUGAGGGAUUGCAGGUCACAACUGCAGCGUGCUGAGAUCGAGCUGGAGUCAGAAAGGACAGCGGCCGCUGAGAGAGAAUCACGACUGACCACAGAACAGGAGUGCUUACAGCGAGAGCUGGAGGAUGCCCGUUGCGCGCGGGCACGUGCGGAGGAGGGUGAGCGGGCGCUGAGGGCGGAACUGGAGGAAAUUCGCCUCCGAGCCUCUGAGGAGGGGGAGAGGAGGCGAGGUGCGUCGCGGGAGGUGGAGGAGGCGCGGAGGGCCCUCGCGGAGCAGCGGUCCGAGGCAGAGGAGGCGCAGAGAGCGGGCGCCGUGGUGAGGGAGAGGCUGCGGGCGCUCGAGGGGGAGCUGGUCAG